GAUCUCAGGACAGCAGCAGUUCAAGCAGCGAGGCAGACAGAAACAGAGUUUUCAUUGAGAGAAGCUGUUUUAUUAAAGGGCAGGAAAAGUUACGCAGACACACACACACACACACACACACAUACACACUUAUAAACAUAGCAAUUGGCAGCCAAACAGACAUACAGGAACCAGCUUCUCCCCAAGACUUACAACCAUUAGUCAGAGAGGAAAAGUCUAAACUCUUUCUCCCCACAUCACACACACACACACAGACACACACACUGCUUAGAGUGUGCUACCCCCGGCGUGUAGAGCAGGGCUGACCGAUCCCAACAAGUGGAGCCUCAGGAAGGACGGAGCAAGCGAGUGGAUGGAUGCAUUUUGCAGACUGAGCGGCCUGGACCCUCUGUGGGACUGGAACCGUACGUGGUACACAGCCAACCCAGACCUGACCCAGUGUUUCCAAAACACAGUACUGGUGUGGGUGCCCUGUAUCUAUCUGUGGUUGUUGGUGCCCUUCUACUGCCUUCACCUCUACUGCCAUGACUCCGGACGCAUUCGAAUGUCCUGCCUCUGCAUUACGAAGAUGAUGUUGGGUUUCCUUCUGGCCUCCUUUGGCUUUGUGGAGUUCUUCUACAUCCUGCUGGAGAGGAGCCAGGAGAUCCAGCAGCACAUGGUCUUCCUACUCAGCCCCAUCAUACGCAGCAUGACUGUGAUCUUGGCCUUAUGCAUCAUCCAGUUGGAAAGAAUAAGAGGCUGUCGUUCCUCUGUAUUCCUUUUCCUGUUCUGGGUCUUGGCUGUGGUCUGUUCCCUGGUGCCUCUGAGAGCGAAGAUCCAGCUGGCCAUGGAUGAGGGCAUUGCCUCAGACAUCGUCCGAUACCUCGCCUUCUUCUCCUAUUUCACAAUCCAAUUGGCUCAGCUCUUUCUGUGCUGUUUUGCUGACAAGGCUCCGGAGGGGGAAACCGUCUUGGAAAAGAAUCCCUGUCCCGUGAAAGACGCCUCUUUCCUUUCAAAGAUCCUCUUCUGGUGGUUCACCGGGCUCGUUGUGAAAGGAUAUCGCACCCCGCUGGCAGCGGAGGACUUGUGGACCCUGAGAGAGGAAGACACAUCGCGCAAGAUCAUCUCUGCUGUGGAGGAGGACUGGAUGGACGAAUGUACCGAACUCCAAAAGCAGGAGAAGGCCUUGGUGUCGGGUGUGGCGCUCGGGAGCCGGCUGCCAGACCAGGCGCAGCUCCUCAGGAAGCUGCAGAAGGAGCAGAGCUCCGGCUUCUUCCUGCUCCGGACGCUGGCGCGCAAGUUCGGCCUUUACUUUCUGACCGGUACCCUGUGUAUCGUAUUCCACGACGCCUUCAUGUUCGCCAUCCCCCAGGUGCUCAGUCUUCUUCUGGAUUUCAUGAGAGACGAAGACGCUCCGCUGUGGAAAGGCUACUUCUACGCCACUCUGAUGUUCCUGCUGUCCUGUCUCCAGUCCCUCUUUAUCCAUCAGUACAUGUACACGUGCUUCACCGUGGGAAUGAGGGUGAAGACGGCUGUUAUGGGCUUAGUGUACAGGAAGUCUUUGGUGAUAAACAACUCUGCCAGGAGGACUUUCACCGUGGGCGAGAUUGUGAAUCUGGUUUCGGCAGACACUCAGAAGCUCAUGGACUUUGUGGUGUACUUCAACGCCGUCUGGCUGGCUCCGAUAGAAAUAUCUCUUUGUCUCUUCUUCCUCUGGCAGCAACUCGGCCCUUCGGCUUUGGCAGGAAUCGCCACCGUCAUUCUCAUUUUCCCCCUCAACGGAUUCAUCGCAAAGAAAAGAAGCAAGCUGCAGGAGGUCCAAAUGAAGUUCAUGGACAGCCGCAUCCGACUGAUGAACGAGAUCCUGAAUGGAAUAAAGAUUUUGAAGUUUUACGCCUGGGAGAAGGUCUUCCUGGAGAAGGUGUUGGGCCACAGAGAAAAGGAGCUCAAAGCCCUGAAGAAGUCUCAGAUCCUUUAUUCCAUCUCCAUCGCAUCCUUCAACUCCUCCUCUUUCCUGAUUGCCUUCUCCAUGUUCGGAGUCUACGUGACGAUCGACAACAGGAACGUCCUGGAUGCGCAGAAGGUUUUCGUCUCAAUGGCGCUGAUCAACAUCCUGAAGACCCCACUGAGCCAGCUUCCAUUCGCUAUAAGCACCACUAUGCAGGCUAUGGUUUCACUGAGACGUCUGGCUAAGUACCUGUGCUCAGAGGAGCUGAAAGGGGACAAUGUUUUAAAGGCUCCAUUGAGUCCUGACGGGGAAGGCCUGGUGAUAGAAAACGGCACGUUCAGCUGGUCUGCCGAGGGCCCUCCGUGUCUUAAAAACAUCAAUAUCCACGUGCCACGAGGUUCCCUCGUCGCUGUAGUCGGACAUGUGGGCAGCGGGAAGUCCUCUUUGUUGUCCGCCAUGCUUGGUGAAACAGAGAAAAGAAGCGGCCGCGUCGUUGUUAAGGGCUCGGUGGCGUACGUGCCCCAGCAGGCCUGGAUCCAGAACGCCACGGUCCAAGACAACGUGUUAUUUGGCCGUGAGAAACUGAAGACGUGGUAUCACCGAGUGCUCGAGGCGUGCGCGCUGCUGCCCGACCUGGAAAUCCUACCCGCUGGAGAUACGACAGAAAUUGGAGAAAAGGGAUUGAACCUCUCAGGUGGGCAGAAGCAGAGGGUGAGUCUGGCCAGGGCUGUCUACAGAAAGGCUGACGUCUACCUCAUGGAUGACCCUCUGUCUGCCGUCGACGCUCACGUGGGCCAACACAUCUUUGACAAAGUCAUUGGACCAAAAGGAGUCCUUCGAGACAAGACUCGCAUCCUGGUGACCCACGGGAUGAGCUUCCUGCCACAGGCUGACCUCAUCCUCGUCCUGGGAGAUGGAGAGAUCACAGAGAGCGGCUCCUACCAGGAGCUCCUCGGCCGCCAUGGCGCCUUCGCCGACUUCAUCCACACCUUCGUCAGCACGGAGCGAAAAGAGAGCGCCAUCCAGAGAGCUGGUUCCAGGAGGUCCAACGCUCGUCUCAGCGUGGUGGAAUUCAUGCCGUUUUCCAGAGACCUGUCGCAGGAGCAGCUCAUUGGGGGUGACUCCACGAAUACCAACCUGCAGAAUAUGGAGCCCGUGUCUGAAGCGGACCAGGAGCAGGUACCAGAGGACUUGGGCAAGCUAACUGAGGCCGACAAGGCCUGCACUGGAAGGGUGCGGUUGGCCAUGUACAAGAAGUACUUCAAGACCAUCAGCUUGGCCAUCAUCAUCCCCAUCGUCUUCCUGUACGCGUUCCAGCAAGGCGCCUCGUUGGCCUACCACUACUGGCUGAGCGUGUGGGCCGACGACCCGAUAGUUAACGGCACCCAGAUGGACACGGACCUCAAACUGACCGUGUUUGGCACGCUCGGCUUCGCGCAAGGCGUGGCCACCUUCGGUACGACCGUCGCCAUCUCCCUCUGCGGCAUCAUCGCCUCCCGCCACCUGCACACGGAGCUGCUGAACAACGUGCUGCGCUCCCCGAUGUCCUUCUUCGAGCGCACGCCCAGCGGCAACCUCCUCAACCGCUUCGCCAAGGAUAUCGACGCCAUCGACUGCAUGGUGCCCGACGGCUUGAAGAUGAUGCUGAGCUACGUCUUCAAACUCAUGGAGGUCUGCAUCAUCGUGAUGAUGGCGACGCCCUUCGCGGCCGUGGUCAUCCUGCCGCUCGCUUUCCUUUACGCCUUUGUCCAGAGCUUCUACGUCGCCACUUCCUGUCAGCUGCGCAGGCUGGAAGCCGUGAGUCGCUCGCCCAUCUACACCCACUUCAACGAGACGGUGCAGGGCGCCAGCGUGAUCCGGGCCUUCGGAGAGCAGCCCCGGUUCAUCCUGCAGGCCAAUAAGCGGGUCGACUUCAAUCAGACCUCCUACUUCCCGAGAUUCGUGGCCACCCGGUGGCUGGCAGUGAACCUGGAGUUUGUCGGUAAUGGUGUGGUCUUAGCUGCUGCCAUUCUCUCUGUGAUGGGAAAAGGCACUCUGAGACCGGGCUUAGUGGGUUUGGCUGUGUCACACUCCCUCCAGGUGACUGGAAUCCUGAGUUGGAUCGUGAGAGCCUGGACUGAUGUGGAAAACAACAUCGUGUCGGUGGAGAGAGUCAACGAAUAUGCUGAAACGGCUAAAGAGGCGAGUUGGAGUAUCGAAGGCAGCUCCUUGCCCCUGGACUGGCCCCAGAGAGGUACUAUUGAGUUCCAGGACUACGGGCUGCAGUACCGUAAAGGCCUGGAGCUGGCUCUGAAGGGCAUCACCUUACAGAUUCAUGAAAGGGAGAGGGUUGGAAUUGUGGGUCGUACAGGAGCGGGAAAGUCCUCCCUUGCCCUGGGAAUCUUCAGGAUCUUAGAGGCGGCCAAGGGAAAGAUCUUUAUCGACGGAGUCAACAUCGCCGACAUCGGACUCCACGACCUCCGGUCGCGCAUCACCAUCAUUCCUCAGGACCCCGUGCUGUUCUCGGGCUCCCUGCGAAUGAACCUUGACCCCUUCGACAGCUACACAGAUGAGGAGGUUUGGAGGUCGCUGGAGCUCGCUCACCUCAAAAACUUUGUUUCUAAUCUGCCCGAAAAACUCAACCACGAAUGCUCCGAGGGAGGAGAGAACCUCAGUCUGGGUCAGCGCCAGCUGGUGUGCCUGGCCAGGGCCCUGCUGAGAAAAACCAAGAUCCUGGUCCUGGACGAGGCCACGGCCGCCGUGGACCUGGAGACGGACACGCUCAUCCAGUCCACAAUACGCACACAGUUUGAAGACUGCACCAUCCUGACCGUCGCUCACCGCCUCAACACGAUCAUGGACUACACCAGAGUGAUCGUCAUGGACAGAGGUCACAUUUCGGAGAUGGACACUCCAGCCAACCUCAUCGCACAGCGGGGACAGUUCUACCGAAUGUGCCGGGAAGCCGGGGUGAUCUAACUCUCCGGCGGGGCUUCGUACCACGGAGCCGGUGUCCAGGUGUACGGGUGUGGCAUCUUGUUUGUGUGGCUCUGCGGCACACGUAGAAAAAAAAAACGUGCCGUUCCGAGCUUUGCGGCAGCUCAAGGCUCCUCUCUCCACGAGGGCAUUGUCGAUGCAUCUCAGAGAGCAGCUGCUGACGCGGUCCUUAUAUGUUGGUUUUUUAUCACACAGAGAUGCUGUCCUGAAGACAUUGUUAACCUCACAUGAUGAACAUUCAGAAGAAAGCUCCAGUGGGUUAUUUGAGAGGCUAAAUAUCAUUUAUAGAGUCGUGGAGUCAGUUUAAUCCAUGAAAAGAUUUAGCACAGAGCUACAAGCUUAGACUAUCACAAAUCUUAAAGAUUCUCAUUCUCUUUUUGAAUGGAUUAUAAUAUUGUUGUAGUUUUUAUAAGCACAUGAUAUAUUUGCUGAUGUUGUCUCAGGCUUAAACGACGAUGUUUACUCUUUUUUUUUUUUUUUUAAAGCCUUGUAUACCAAGAAAGAGGCACUUUUGUAAUUGAGAAGUAUAUUUCAUCUUCUUGCUCCCAGAAACUGGGACAGGAAAUAGUCUGACACACUAACCUUCAAAAAGAUCACCCUGGCAAACGCAGAGGAAGUGAGGUUUUAACGGCUUUUUAAAAAAGCUGAUCUGGAAGCAGCCACUGUGGAGUUUUUAUGUCAGGGAGAAAGUGGAAAAAAAUUGAAGUGAGCCAAGACUUAAGCAAUCGUCAAACUAUGUUGUGGCUGUUUAUUCCUGUCAAAGUAAACACAUAAAAAAAGUCAGUAGAGACCUUGCUGGUCAGAUUUAACCUGACGCUGGUAGUAAAAACCUCCAUGAAUGAAGAGAAUGCCUCUUCAAAACAAUUGUGAUACAUCUCUGUGUGAUUGUCACUCUGCCUCCACCACACAACUCAGGCCAUAUGCAGAGAAGAAGAAAAAAUCUGUGUUGUUCUUAUGGCGCUGACAUGCCAGACUGUAAAUAGUCCACGUUGACCUUUAGUCUCGAUUCAAAGAACCCUAUGAACUUUUUUUAAAGAGAAGAGGCAUUCACUGUUUUUGUCUUACUGGUUUAGACAAUACAUUGUAAGAGGAAUCCUAUUUAUGUCAUAUGACAAAAUGUAUCAAGUGUCCUUAAGAUUUUGGAUUGUAUUAUAUUUAAACUUUUUAUAACAAGCUUGUUGAUUUUUUUCACUUUUACUGUUAAUGUACUGUCUUGUUCCAUGCAUCAUGCUGAAUAAUAAAAUGUUAUUUGAGUCUACAAUGUAUUUAUGCUUGAAUUUCUUGUCUUUGCAACUUAGUACAAAACGUGUACAGCUCUUAAAAAUAAAUGUUUUAACAAAAAAAUUA